UUGAGAUUGCUAGUGCGCUGAAUGUUGAUUUCAGUCAUAUUGAGCAGACUGCUCUGCAGAUUGCUAAAUCUGAUCGAGAGACCCAUCUUGUCCUAGGUCAGCUUGUAUCCUACCACUACCUGGAUAACCUGGCUAGGCAGAUUAACGAGAACUUGCAGCAGAAAGGAACCAUCUCUAUUCCAUCUCUGACUAAGGAGUAUGAUCUACCAACAGAAUUCCUAGUUGAUGAGGUUAGUAAGAGGAUUGGAUCCAUAAUUCAAGGAUUCAAGGAUGAGUCGGAUCCGAAGGUAAAAGAUGAGCUCUACGUUUCUGGCGGAAGGAUAAGUUUAGUUGAGAUUGCUAGUGCGCUGAAUGUUGAUUUCAGUCAUAUUGAGCAGACUGCUCUGCAGAUUGCUAAAUCUGAUCGAGAGACCCAUCUUGUCCUAGUUGAGAUUGCUAGUGCGCUGAAUGUUGAUUUCAGUCAUAUUGAGCAGACUGCUCUGCAGAUUGCUAAAUCUGAUCGAGAGACCCAUCUUGUCCUAGUUGAUGAGGUUAGUAAGAGGAUUGGAUCCAUUAUUCAAGGAUUCAAGGAUGAGUCGGAUCCGAAGUAUGAUUCUGUGAGCAGACUAGGAAUAUCUGAUCCAAUCGUAUUCUUGAAGAAAAAGUUCAAGGAUGAAAAGAUGGUUUACUUGGAUACUUGUGUUCUAGGUCCUGCACUUCUUGAUCAGAUAGAGACUGCUGUAAGUGAAGCUCUUGGAGCAGGUUCCUGGAUAGAUCUUGUACCUCUUCUACCUUCUAUACUUUCACAGGAGGAUGAGGCUCAGCUGGUAUCCAGUCUGGUGGGAGGUCGGGCUGGUACACUUAUACUGGGUGGUACAACCCUGCUUAGCAACAAACUGGUUGAGGAUGUUAAAACCGGUUUAGAAGCUGAUAUGGAGUCCAGGGAUGUAGAGAGUGGAUUGGUUCAACAAUGUUUGGUUGAUAACAGGGGGGCAAAGGACCUAGAUGAAGAAAAGAUUGACCGUAAAGAUGAACGGCGGAAGAAAGCUGCCGGCGGAAAGGCGGGGGGCGGAGCCCAGGGCAGAGAAACUAAAACAAAAUCUACUAAGAAGAAAGGUGGGAAGAAGAAGGAUGAUGAUUGGGAGGAUAGUGAUGAAGAAGUGGAGAAGAAAGGAGGGAAGGGGGAGAAGGGAGGGAAAAAAAAAGAAUUGGAGUACAAGAGUUUUGCUGUUUUGAAACAGGAGAUAUCUGCACUCCCACAUCUUCAGGAUGAGUUGGAUCGGCGGUAUAAAGAGGUUUCUAAGGAAGUUUAUCAGUCCACCCUGGCAGCCAGCCUUCAGAGUAAAAAAAGAACACAUUCAGAUUUACAGGAGAAGGUGAACAAUAUGUUCACAACUCUUCGUCUGAAUGAACGCGCUAUUCAGGAGUUCAAAGUUGACGAACAUAAGACUGCGCUCUCUAAACACCUUCUGAAAACGCUUGGUUCUGAGCUUGUGACAGAAAUAUUUCUCUACCUGGCCGAAGAUAAUAUGAUAAAG